CGUCGCGACGGUACCGUAUAUCUUUGCCUGCAUGCCCUUGCUGACCGUUCGCGAAGUGGGAGUCGAUCUUUCAAAUUCAAGCAUGUUUUAUCACGUAUCACUUGAACAUGAAAUUCUCCUUCAUCCAAGAUACUUUGGACCGAGCCUACUCAACACUGUCAAACAGAAGUUGUUUACUGAAGUAGAAGGGACCUGUACUGGGAAGUAUGGCUUUGUCAUUGCUGUUACGACCAUUGAUAACAUUGGUGCCGGGAUGAUUCAACCGAGCAGGGGCUUUGUUCUCUACCCAGUCAAAUACAAGGCAAUAGUAUUCAGACCAUUCAAAGGAGAGGUAGUAGAUGCUGUAGUCACACAGGUCAACAAGGUUGGUCUUUUCACAGAAAUUGGGCCUUUGUCAUGUUUCAUCUCAAGACAUUCCAUUCCAGCUGAUAUGGAAUUCGACCCCAACUCAAAUCCACCAUGUUACAAGACAAAGGAUGAGGAUAUAGUAAUACAGCAAGAUGAUGAGAUCAGGUUAAAGAUAGUUGGAACCAGGGUUGAUGCAUCAGACAUUUUUGCUAUUGGAACACUCAUGGAUGAUUAUUUAGGUCUUGUGAGCUAACAUCCCAUAAUGCAUUUCAACCUGAACAUAUUUAUGGACAGAACACACAACACGAGUCAACUUCAUGGAUAUCAUUCUUUUAUCUUUUAAUAGUCAUACAUCUUGGUAGAAUUUGAACUUUCUUUGAUUUCCAUGAUCACUGAUACAGUGCUUACAAUAGUGAACUUUCAAUAAGAAAUAUGAAUUUGAGAGAGGACAGUAGUUUCAGACAAAAAGGCACCUGAAAAAAUUCUGAGUCUUGUUCAGUCUCAAACCAAAUGGCUCUUUUUAGAUUUUUUUUUUGCAGAAAUGAAUAAAUGGCACGAGGAAUUCUGGAAAGCCAUCAUGAAAGGCUGCAUGAGGCAAAGUGGUUGACAUCUCUCAUGCUAUAGAGAUACCAAAAGAAACUGGGGGGGGGGGGGCAUGUCACAAAGCUAAGUGAUUGAUCAUACAGUUGAUUUGUACACUUGAUGGCACAUAAUGAUCAAUGCAAUCGAUCAUAAAAGUUAACCUUAUGAUGAAGCACUUUGCUUUGUAUUAUUAGGCCCAAAUUGGUCUUUAUCUGAAUCUUUAUCCUCCCCUAAUUUGUCUUUCACAGGUAUUCUUCAUGUUAGAAUAAAUUAUUUCCAUCACAAAAUCAUGGAAAAUUUUAUCUGUAAUGAAUAGCUCACAGGCCACAUGUAUUUGGCAAGGUAACUGUACACUAUUCCCAGUCAGUGAAGCUCAAGUCACAAUGUUUAACUUGCAUAUUAUAUAUCAACUGUAAUUCUUAAGAAAUCACAGUAAUCACAAUUAUCAUUUACAAUUCUGCAGUCAAAUUUUGACUAGUCAAAGUAUUUCCAGCUUUCAGACUGAUUUGAUGUUUGCAGAAUUUGAGUUACUUGAACAAUUGUUGAAAUAAAUCAUGGCAUUGGAGAAGGGAUGAUUUCUUCCAUAAAGUAGUCAUUAUCAGUUUCUCUUAUUCACUCAAAAGCAUUUUGAAAAACAUCUGCCUCAAAAUCUUCCCAACAUAAUUCUUUUAGAAGUUUAAUGCUUACUUUAAUUCUCAGUUAAACAUCUUUAAGAAGAAGUUCAAGGUGAUAAGUGGUACUGGGUAUAAAAGAAAUGUCACUGAAUACUACAAAUGCCUUUUUGCUUCUGAUGAAUAUAUUUGCACUCAACCCAAUAAGUGGUUUGUUUCCUUAAGAAAACCUCACUUGCAAAAUAAAAUUGAGGCUGCACAAUGUAUUGAAAUCAUUGAGGUUUCAGAGUCAAGAUAUUUGUGAGAUAUCAUAAUCUCCUUCAGCUGUACUGGCACUUGAGAACUUGGUCAGGAAGCCACUGUUCAUCAAUCCAUUAAUACCAACCAAUGUUUGGUGAAAGAUUGCGUGAGCACCAACAUAAUUUCUUCAAGUAAUCUCAUCUCAGUGUUUCCAAGGAUAACUCUUGGUGCAAGAAUGCCCAUUCCAAUGUAGCCUGUGAAUAGUGCAAAAGAAUGUUAAAAUAAAAAAAUGGUAUGAUAAUGAAUAUCUUGAACAAAAGAAUGAUGACCAAAUGGUGCACAUUGGAUUUCACAAGAAAAUUCUGAAAUGAAAGAAAACAUGGCUAUAGGUAAUGAUUAUUCAUAAAUGCCUUUCAUGUAUCAUGUGAUAUGUAUGUACUUGACAAUGGUGAGUUCUGUAUUAUGUUGUAAAUAAAUUUUGUAUAUAACAU